GUGUCACUACCAAGGAACUACACGCCCCCGUGACUGAUAGCACGUACAACUUCUGAUAAUGUUUGGACUAAGUCCACACUAACUGUCAUAUGCCGCUAGGUAAAGAGAAAAGAGCGGUCAUUUCUCCUACAAAUGGCGACCAUUGUGUUUUUCUCAGUGAACAGAACGGCUCAGACCGCCGCCAGACGAUGCCUGAGAUCACGUUUAAAGGGGCUUGCUAGCUCUGGAGAGUCACAUUUGCCGCUAUCCUGCACUCACAGCCAGUCUGGCACGUUUCUUCCGGGUACGAGAUGGUUUUCCAGGGGCUCCAGCGUACGUUUCAUGUCCCAUGGGACCGCAGGCAGAACCGCAGCCGGGAGAACCAGACGGGGAGUCCUGGUGACAGCAGCGGCCACAGCAGCAGCAGCGGUGGCGGGGUUUGUAGCCAACGCCAACCACUUCCAGCGUGCUGAAAUGGCAACGAAAGUAUCCCCAGUGGCUGAGGAGAAGGAGCAAGAGGGGGACAUCUUGGAGAGAUGCCGGGGGUUCAUGUCUGCUCCGGUGACCGACAUCUGCGUGCUGCAAAAGAGGGAAGGGGAGAUGCGAACAAGGAUGGAGAUGCUGAUCAUGGAGACGCAGGCCGACUUCUGCAAAGCCCUGGAGAAGGUGGACGGCGGGACGUUCAAGGUGGACCGGUGGCAGAGGGCUGAAGGUGGCGGAGGAAUCAGCUGUGUGAUGCAAGAUGGGAAGGUGUUUGAGAAGGCAGGGGUCAAUGUGUCUGUGGUGUCUGGAUACCUGACCGAGGAGGCCGCCAAACAGAUGAGGAGCAGAGGGAAGGUCCUCAAAGGGAAAGAUGGUAAGCUGCCAUUUAGUGCCAUGGGUGUGAGCUCUGUUAUCCACCCCAAGAACCCCCACAUCCCCACAGUGCACUUCAACUACAGAUACUUUGAGAUCGAGGAGGCAGAUGGCACUAAGCAGUGGUGGUUUGGUGGAGGCACAGACCUGACUCCAGUUUAUAUCAAUAAAGAAGAUGCUUAUCACUUCCACAACACCCUGAAGGAGGCCUGUGACAAGCACCACUCGCAGUACUACCCCGACUUUAAGAAAUGGUGUGACAGAUACUUCUACAUCCGGCACAGAGGAGAGACUCGGGGUAUAGGAGGGAUCUUCUUCGAUGACCUGGACUCCCCGAGUCAGAAGGAGGCCUUCAACUUUGUGAAGAGCUGUGCCCGCACCGUGGUGCCCUGCUACCUGCCCAUCGUAUACAAACACCUUAACGACCCCUUCACUGACGAGGAGAAGGACUGGCAGCAGGUACGACGAGGAAGAUAUGUGGAGUUCAACCUGGUGUAUGACAGGGGAGUGAAGUUUGGCUUGGCCACACCGGGCUCCAGAAUUGAAAGCAUUCUCAUGUCUCUCCCCCUCACUGCCAGGUGGGAGUACAUGCACGAGCCUGCCAAAGGCACCCUGGAGGCUGAGAUGAUAGAGGCAUUACGUAACCCCAAGGAGUGGGUGUGACCACGGUGUUCGCAGGUUUACAUGUCAACUGGACAAAAAGCUCCAGGACGCCGUCUUUGUUAUAUUUUAUAAGGGUGUGACCUGUUUGACUAAAUCAGCAGCAGUUAGCACAGUUUGCCAAAAUAAUAUUGCAUUGCACUUGUUUGAAGAGUUUUCUAUUCUGCGAUGAUACUUUUCUUUCUAUCCUGUUUGCUAUGUUUUGUCAAUUUAGCUUUGAUAAUGAUUAAUGACUUUAGGAUUGAAUUACUACUGUUGGCCACAGGGGGGCAUUGUUCCUGCUUUUAGGUCAUCUCACAUUGAUGAUGUGCUCCUUCUUGGAAGUGUUUGUGUCAAACACUAGCUGUGUGUUUUUUCUAUCCCUGUGCUAAAUGUGGCUUGUUCUACUUGAAGCUCAUGAGCUUUACUGUCCUGUAACAAAGCACUGAAAGGGAAAAUGGGGGCAAACUGA